AUGGUGAUAACGAAGAAAAACGUCUACAUUUCUGGAGCAGCCUGCGGCGAGCACGUAUCAGUUGGAGAAAAACGAGAGAAGGAUUCGGGAUUUGCUGCGGAACCGAAGAUGAUAGACAUUGGCUUAAGUCCAAAGUUCACCGGACGUUCCCAGAGUUCCCAGAGAAUCGCUGGUGCGGUGGGUGGGGAGGGUGGCGACGAAGAUGACAAGGAGAAGGAAGAGGAGGCCGAGAGGGAAAGACAGGAGGCCAUCAAGGAGGCCGAAGACAGGAGGAAAGAGAAACAUCGCAAGAUGGAGGAGGAGCGAGAGAAGAUGCGACAAGAGAUCAGAGAUAAGUACAAUAUAAAGAAACGAGAAGAGGUGCAAGAGAUGAUGCCUCAGGAAGAGCCAAACCCUUUGAUGCGAAAAAAGAAGACACCUGAAGAGCUUGCAGCCGAAGCUGAGGCUGAGGACGAGGACGAGUUUACGAAACUGAAAAACUCGAUCACGACGGGCGUGACCGAGUUGAAGACAAAGUUCGAUAAUGGCUGCAGUCUGCAAUGA